CUUAAUGAUGGAAGUCAUGAAGUAUACGAAAAGUUAAAUCAUAUUUUUAAUGUUCCAUAUGCGUUGAAGAUCUCCUGUUUUUAUUUUUUAUGGUGCCUUAAAAUAUGCAAGAAAUUAUCGAAGGACGAAGAAUACAACCAAAGCUCUUUGUCCUUAAAAAACGAGAAUAACCUUUCGCCAUGCGAUUACUCUUAUCUUUUGGAUAGAGGUGAUAGCGAAGACAUUAAAAACAUUGCGAAAUCAAAAGCAAAAUCUAAAUUCUUGGGGAAAACGUCAUUCACGACCAAGAGAGUUAACAACUCAAAGCCCAAGAACGCCGCAAAAAAAUACAAGCCAAUUCAGAAAACCCAAAAGAACAAAUCAAAAAUAUGUAAAAACUAUAAAAGAGGUACGGCAUUGUUAAAAUCAGCAGAAGGCACGUUUUACGUGCACAAAGUUUUUGGGGAUGGCAACUGUAUGUUUCGAGCUAUGAGCUUUAUAUUAUGGGAAACUGAAAAUGAAUACAAAGCUCUUCGAAUUAUGGUGGUGGAACACAUAAAUGAAAAUUGGAGAGAGUAUGGUCCAUUCGUCAUAGCAGAAUGGAAUAUAUCAAAUCGACAAGAAUAUUUCAACUACAUGAUUUCUGAUGGAACUUUUGCAAGCGAAUUGGAAUGCACAGUAUUAGCAAAAUUGCAUCGCAUGAAUCUAUCAAUUUAUCGAGAAGUUAGUUCUGAAGGUAUUUUAAAACAAAUUUUUCAUAAUCGAAUCAGUCGCAACUACCCAACCGCUAGACUUCUUUUCAGUGGACAUUCUGAAAUUGGUCACUAUGAUGUUUUACUCCCAGCUUUUGCUUAAUCCUUUUUAUUUUUAAUCUGCGAACUCAUUAUUUUAAUCUUAUACUAUUUUUAUUACGUCUAAUAAUAUGAACGUACAAAGGAAAAAAAUAAAGAUGAGUUAGUCUUUACUGUUCAUCUAAUAAAGAAAUGUCUUGACUUAUUUCGGGAAUAAAAAUACCAUAAUUAUAUGUAUAUCUAACUGUAAUGAUACAAU